AUGCCCGUGCAGCGCGACAUUGCGGAGGGCGACGACAUGGGCCUUGGCAAGACAAUAAUGGCGCUCGCCGGUUUCGCCGUGCGCGCCUACAUUGAGGCCCGACUCGGCCGGCAGGCGAAGCCGGCCCUCGUCGUCGCGCCCAACGCGGCGGUGGCGGCGCAGUGGCGGCUGGAGGCGCUGGGCAUGCUCGAGGAGCGCGAGAUCUGGUCGCACUCAGGCGAAAAGUUCGGCCAGGCCUUGCACAAGCGCUUCUCUCGGCCGGCCGGCGAGGACGAGGACGAGGCGACGCGGCCGCGACUGGCCAUUGUCACGCGCAGCCAGCUGCAGACCGAGAUGUCGCACGCGUUCCGCUCACAGCGCGAGGCCGGCGGCUACAAGCCCUCGCCGCUCGCGCCGCACCUACUGCAAAAGACGGUGCUCGCGCUUCAGCAGAAGUACGACCACGCGAACAUCAAGGGCGGCAUCCAAGAAGGGCAGCGGCAAGGCAGCGGCAACCGAACGGGCGAGGACCGGAUGUACGUGCGCGAGGACCACAAGGACGGCGACGACUCGACGCCCAGCGGCGGCGUGCUCGCCAUCUGGCGCGAGGCGCAGAAGCGCUUCACGCGCGCGCAGCACAUCUACUCGAUCGUCCUCAUCGACGAGGUGCACGAGCUCAAGAACCCGCACACCCUCGCGACGAUGCUCGCCGUCGCCGCCGGCCUCCACGCGCCGCGCGUCAUCUCGAGCUCCGGCACCGGCUACAACAACCACCUGCAGGACAUGGCCACGCUGCACCUGCUGAUCGACCCGUCGUGGAUUUACGCCGACCUGCACUUUUGGAAGGACAUGAUGGAGUCGCCGGACAAGCAGUUGAGCCUGCGGCGGAUCGAGGAGAAGCAGGCGGUGGACAAGGAGGCGUGGGAGCGCGACGUGCUCACGCGCCGCACCAAGGACAGCUGCGGCAUCAAGCUGCCGCCGAAGAAGCACGUCGUGUACGAGCUCGCGUACAAGCCGCUGGAGCUCGGGAUGAGCGUGACGCUCUCCCUGACGCUCGCGGCGCCGGCGCGACGCGGCCACUCCCGCGAGAUCGGGCUGCUGGGCGAUGAGCACACGCUGCGCUUCGAGGUCUUUGACGCGCAAGGCGCCAAGGUGCACACGCAGACGACGAGCGUCGCGACCAUCGCGAAGCACGCCUUCCAGCUGAUGGAGAGCGAGCUGAUGAACAUAGCGGUGGAGGCCGCCAGGCAGAGCGCGGCGGCGAGCGCAAGCGCGGCGACGGUCGCCGCCGCCGACGAGGCCAAGGAGGCCAAGCAGCGCGUGCUCGAAAAGGCGGCGAAGACGUUCGUGCUGCUGGCGGCCGACGACGACCGCGGCGUGACCGUCUUGGCGGCCUUCUCGUGCGACGCGUGCGCGCGCGGCGGCACCUUCGGCCAGCGCGCGGAGACGAAGCAGAUGGAGAAGACCCUCUUCCAGAUCCUGAUGGCGAAGGUGACGAAUAUGCAGAUGGCCCUCUCGCACCCGGCCAAGUUCUGCGCCAUCUGCAAGCCCGAGGCGCGCGACGUGAGCACCGACAAGACCGACGCCGACCUCGACCCCAGCAAGGACAAGGACACGGACGACGAGGCGGAGGACGACGCCAAGGACGGCAGCCGCCGCGAAGAGCGUCGCUUCGACACGGACGAGAAGGCGUACACGCGCCAGGAGUUUAUCGACGAUGCGUGGCCUGAGCACUGGCUACGCUUCGACGGCGAGGUGAAGGACAAGUCGAAGGCGCUCGACCGAGCACGCGAGCCUGAGGUCAAGGCGCUCCUCUCGACCAUCCGCAGCGGCGGCGUUGGCCUCAACCUGCAGGAGUUCAACCACGUCGUCUUCGAGUCGCGCGACCUCAACCCUCAGAAGCACAAGCAGGCCGAGGACCGCGUGCACCGCCACGGCCAGGAGAAGGAUGUGACGGUCGUGUACCUCGACGCCAAGGACACGUUCGACGAGGCCGUCCGCGAGCUGAUGAGGCGCAAGCUCGACAACGCGCAGGCGAUCCUCGACGGCAAGCUGCUGCCCAAGGCGAGCCUGCCGUCCUACAAGGACGUCGUCGGCAAGAUGGGCGAGCGGCCGCUCGCCGACGGCGGCCCCAGCGGCCGCAGCAAGAUGAAGAAGCGCGACGGCCCCGGGGGCGAUGUGCGACCGACCACCUCGAACCCCAACACGGCGGCGCUGGCCAGCGAUUACCACCGGUGGCAGGCGGUGAAGAACUCGCUGCCGCCGCACCGCCGCGUGAGCCGUCGGCUCAAAGACAAGGGCGUCGCCAAGGACCGCUUCACGCAGGCGCGGAUCGAAUCCGUACUCGCCGCGACGGGUGGCGACGUGGACGAGGCGGUCGCGCUCCCGCAGCUGGUCGCGGAGGCCGCAGGCAAGGGCGGCGGCAGCGAGGUCUUCAUCAUCUCGAGCUCCGACGAGGACUAG